UUUCCUUCGCUUCUCUCUAUCGAAAGGAUGAAAUCAAAACCAUCGAACCUUUGAUCGUUUUCCAGAAACCUAUGAACAAUACUUGCAAAUAAUGACAAAUUGUCUCAACCUCUUCCCAUGAAUCGAUUUAUCAAAAGGGAAUCAAAAUCAAGGAGAACGAACCAAUUGAAGUUCUGAUAGCAGCAGAAGACACUGUAGGUAAGAAAGCUAGCAAACUCGGGUAAGAUAGCUGACCACUCUAAACAGAGAUCUUUGUGGUUAAACUUCCUAGUGUGUUCAAUGGUUGGUUUUAAAGGUAUGAUGUUGUAUCUGCUUCUUUCUGCGUUUUCGGUUUCAGAAUUUGUCAAAGGGUUUUGAGUUUUGGAUGAUCGGAGGUUACUCUGAUCUGAACGAACCGUGACAAAAUCAUUUUCUUACAAUACAUUCUGAUGGCAGCUGAUCAAUGUUCAAAUCUAUCAAAUUUAUAUUCGACUUUUUAUAAUUGUUAGUUAGAAGCUUGUUUUUGGGGCUAAAGAAUUAGCGUAUUAUGUUUGAAAAAUUGUCCUGAGGGUUUGAACAUUGUGAUUCUGAGAAACUAUGAGAAGUCAUAUAAUCUGUUCUCUCUUAUGAUUCAUGCUCUGCAAAUCUUGCUCAAAGGGCCUUUUUAGCUCCUGACGCUUGUUUUAUGUGAUGGAAUAAACUGUGAUAUGGAUAAUGGAUCUAUGAGCUACCAGCCUACCAAGACUAUGCUAGAUUCUGGUCUGGACAUAAGUUGCUAUUGAUGUGUGCUGUGGAUAGGAAUUAGUGACUCUGUUAUCUGAAGGAAUCAUUGAAGUCGUCACUAUUAAGAUCUCAUUUAGUUGCACCUUCUUACUUUCAUUUUGAUUUUGAUAUGAGUUUGUGACCAUCCCCAAAUAUGCAUGGAAUUCUGAAAAUGCUUUGGUUUAGUAAUGUUUUUUUUUUCUGUCUUUAACACUGCAAUACUCGCAUCUUACAUAAAGUUUGUUUCAAGGACUAUGAAGCUGUCUCUGCCUUUUGGAUUGCUCUUUUGCAGGCUGCAAUUAUUCCGCCGAGCCAUACAUGGUUGGUUUGCGUACGGCUGUUCAUAAGGAUUAUUUUAGAGUUGUGAACUCGAGGGAUUUCUCUUUCUUUUCUAAGGCAAAAAAUCAUAGAUAUGAAAACUCAAAAAUUCACAUAGAAAGUGUCUAUGUGAAUUCACAGCAUUUUCUUGUGGAAGCAGAUGCUGCCGAGAGGGCAAUAGAGGCGUCUCCUGUAUGGAUUGAUGGGCGAAGACUUCAAGUGCUGAAGAAGUUUAAUAGGGUAGUGGGGAAUCGAAACUGAACCUGACUCGUUAUGUAGAUAUAGGCUGGACUGGAAGCUACAUACACUCAUAUUACUAUUAUGUUUAACUGAGUUUAUUGGAGAAAAGAUUCAUAAAAGGCUAGUAUUGAUUUGCUAUUUGAGAUGCUUUGGCUUUGUUCGUGUUCUUCAAGAAGCCUGAAGUGUGUGUGAGUGUGUGUUGAAUCUGUAUCAUUGAAGUUCACUCAUCUCAAAAAACCCAAUCCCAUUUUUAUUGUUGACAUUGCUUUCUUGUUUUCUUCUCAA